UCGGUAUUCCGCAAAUAAAAUGGUGUGGCUCGGAGGGAGACUACAACGUUAUGGUGAUGGAGUUACUGGGUCCAUCUCUGGAGGACCUCUUCAACUUUUGUUCAAGGAGGUUCUCGCUGAAGACGGUCCUGCUGCUGGCCGACCAACUAAUUUCCCGCACCGACUUCAUUCAUUCGAGGAAUUUCAUCCACCGCGACAUAAAACCGGACAAUUUUCUUAUGGGUUUGGGCAAGAAAGGCAACCUAGUGUACAUAAUCGACUUUGGUCUGGCGAAAAAGUACAGGGACGGCAGGACGCAUCAGCACAUACCGUAUAAGGAAAACAAAAAUUUGACAGGUACGGCUAGAUAUGCCAGUAUAAAUACUCACUUAGGAAUAGAACAAUCCAGGAGAGAUGAUCUGGAAUCUUUAGGUUAUGUUUUAAUGUACUUCAAUAGAGGGUCAUUACCUUGGCAGGGUUUAAAAGCUGCUACCAAACGACAAAAGUAUGAGCGUAUCUCUGAAAAGAAAAUGUCCACCCCCAUUGAAGAGCUCUGUAAGGGCUAUCCUAAAGAAUUUCCUACCUACCUAAAUUAUUGUCGACAGUUGAGGUUUGAAGAACGGCCUGAUUAUAGUUACUUGAGGCAACUAUUCAGGACACUGUUUCACAGGCAAGGUUUCACAUAUGAUUAUGUGUUUGAUUGGAACAUGCUCAAAUUUGGUGGCUCGAGAGGUAGCCAUUGCGAGGAAACCACUGGCAGGGCAGGUGCCAGAUAUGGAUCUCAUGCAGCAACACCAGCUGAUACUACUCCUACCGUACCGCAGUCAAGGUCGAGGAGGCCACAUGAUGGCCGAAUGGAUAUGGUAUCCAGUAAUGUUGCUGCACCACCAAAUGUUCUUGAUGAUGUGAUUACUAGUAAUUCUCCUAGGAUGUAUGAUAGUCACGAACGGAGAGUUUCGAUGAGACUUAGGGCAAGCCAGGGAGCUCCAAAUGCUUCCACUUCGGAUUUGAGCACCUCAAAACAGGCAAAAGAAUUAAAAAAUGCUAAGAAGACCCCCAACCAGCAUCGAACUGAAGCUAGACGACAUAAAUGAAUAUGAAGAAAUACGACAACAGUCCAAAGAAAAACAGCAAAAAACUUUCAAUGAUCCACCAACUUGGCAACCAGGUCCAAAAAGUAAACAGGAAAUUUAUUCUCGUGUUGGAUAUGCACCCAUGGAACAGCAACCAGCUAGAACAAAUUUUUUAUGAUGAUUGUGUUUGAGUGAUGAGAAAUAUUCAAAUAAUUUUAACCCUAUGUCUCUGUAAUAAACAAAAAUUGAUCUGUUU